UCGGAGCCGAUGGGCCCCGUCCACCCUCACCCCCAGGGCUUUCCUGAGAGCGGUCUGCUGCUCCAAAGCGCAGAACGGUGGGCAGCGGCAGCACUGGUAUCGCUAACCUGUUUCCCCCACCCCCACCCCCGCACUCUGGCGCCGAGUGGUUGCGCCCGGAGGGCCCGCCCUCCACGUGAGGGGCGGCGGGGCUGGAGACUGCGCGCGGAGCGGGGUGGCGGGGGAUUCCGGCUCGGCGGUUUACGCGUGCGUUGUGCUCCACGCGCGCCAUGGCUCCUCGCGGUAGGAAGCGCAAGGCGGACGCGGCGGCAGACGAGGAAGCCGAGAAGCCGGAGAAGCUGGCACAGGGCGGCGAUGCGGGCGUGGGAGAGGCCCGCGUGGUCAUUGAGCACUGCCGAAGCUGACGCGUGUACGCGCGCCACGCGGAGGCGGUGAGCCAGGCGCUGCGCCUCGCCCGCCCGGAGCUGCCCGUGCUGCUGAACCCCACCAAGCCCCGCCGGAGCAGCUUCGAGGUGACGCUGCAGCGCCCCGACGGCAGCCGGGUGGAGCUCUGGAGCGGGAUUAAAAAGGGGCCCCCACGGAAACUUAAGUUUCCUGAGCCAGGGCAGGUGGUGAAGGAGCUUAAGAACCAGGUGGCUUAAGUGAGGAGCCUUCCCAGUGAGCAGGACUAACCGUGACAAGCUGUCUGUCCCCAGUGAGUUUGGAGCGUCCAUGACGGAGCAUGACCAAAUCCCCCAGUCAUGACCCUGAAGCUCCGGUUCCUUCUUCUGGGAGCGGCGGCGGGCGCGCCGUGUACCUGGUGAUGCUAAAUUGUCAAUAAAGGGUUUUUGAUACAGAACG